AUGUCCAAAGCCGCUGAAAAAGAAGCCCAACCUAGCGUUGAUAUGGAAGCAUUGCAAAAGAAAAAAUUGGAGGAUACUACCUUUGCUGAUCUUGGUGUCUCUUCUCAAUUGUGCGAAGCUUGUGAGAAAAUGAAGUUCAAGCAUCCUACAGAAAUCCAAAGAGAGUCUAUUCCUUGGGCUAUCGAAGGCCGUGAUAUCAUCGGUCUUGCUCAAACUGGUUCUGGUAAAACUGCAGCCUUUGCCAUUCCCAUCAUUCAGAGACUGUGGGACAAUCCUCAAGCCUUCUUUGCUUGUGUUUUAGCUCCUACAAGAGAAUUGGCUUACCAAAUUGCAGAGACAUUUGAAUCACUCGGUUCAGUCAUCGGUGUCCGUUCCGCAGUUAUUGUUGGUGGUAUGGAUAUGAUGUCUCAAUCAAUUGCCCUCUCCAAGCGCCCUCACAUCAUUGUCUGUACACCGGGUCGUCUUCAAGACCAUUUGGAAAACACAAAGGGAUUCAGUUUGAAGAACCUCAAGUAUCUCGUCAUGGAUGAGGCAGAUCGUUUGUUGGACAUGGAUUUUGGACCCAAGAUUGAUCAAAUUUUAAAGGUGAUCCCUCGCGAGCGUAACACAUUCUUGUUCUCUGCUACUAUGACAACCAAGGUGGCCAAGCUUCAAAGAGCCAGUUUACACAAGCCUGUCAAAGUGGAAGUCGCCACCAAGUACUCGACCGUUAAAACUCUCCUACAAUACUACCUCUUCUUCCCAUUAAAACACAAGGAUUGCUACAUGGUGUACCUUUUGAACGAACUUGCCGGCAACUCCACCAUUAUCUUCACACGUACCUGCCAUGACACUCAAAAGAUCGCUAUCAUGUUGAGAAACUUGGGCUUUGCAGCUGUCCCACUUCACGGCCAAUUGCCUCAGGCCAAACGUUUAGGCGCACUCAACAAAUUCAAAGCAGGUACUCGCAACAUUUUGGUUGCCACGGAUGUCGCUAGUAGAGGUAUUGAUAUCCCCAUGGUGGAUGUUGUGAUCAACUAUGAUGUACCUCAGUCCUCCAAAGAUUAUAUCCAUCGUGUCGGUCGUACUGCUAGAGCUGGUCGAUCUGGCAAAUCCGUCACCUUUGUCACACAAUACGAUGUGGAAUUGAUUCAACGUAUCGAGAAGGAUUUGGAGCGCAAGUUAGAUGCUUUCCCUGUCGAGAAGGAUGAAGUGAUGAUGCUACAAGAGCGUGUGGAUGAAGCACAACGUAUCGCAACAAUAGAAUUGAAGGAGACAGAGAACGGUAAAAAGUCAAAGCGUGGUGGUCGUAGAAACGAGGAUGAUGACGAUGAUGCUGAUGUGGACCAAGAGGAACGGGGUGGUGCCCAAGGAAAGAGAAAGUAUAAGGGUGGAAAUAGCAAUAAGGGUAACAAGAGGCGUUAA